UCCUCUCAGUCUUAAAGAAGCAAAUGUAAUUAUGACUAAGAUUUAAAAAUAUAAAUUAAUGGUAGUUAUAGUUCUGAAGAUGGAAGAUGAUGAUAAGGAGGAGUUAGAAGAAAUGACAAUGACUUUGCUGAGGAGAAAGGUCAUAGAUAAACUCAAGUAUGUUGGGUAAGAGAAACUUCUUUGUGAAACAUACAUUGGGCCAAGACAAGAGAUAAAUUAUGCAAAAGAAAAAUAAGAUGGAAAGAAAGAGAGCAAUUUGGGAAGAUUCUUUCAAAGUCAGAGGCCAGCAUUCCCAGAUGAUCCCUUGGGCCAUUGCUGUUUUUUACAUCUCAGUUCUCAGUGCUUGUUUUAUUGCAAACUGUUUGGUAACUCAUCACAACAUUCUACGCUGCAGGAGAGAAGCAAGGGUGUUCAAGUUACCAGAGUACCACAUGAAGCUGACAUGCACCAGAGAGAAAUCAAAAUUGAAAGGGACCACCUGGAAUUGCUGUCCUUUUGGCUGGAGAGCCUUCCAGUCCAACUGCUAUUUUCCUCUUAAUGACAACAAGACAUGGGAUAAGAGCGAAAGGAACUGCAUGAGGAUGGGGGCUCAUCUGGCCACCAUCAGCACAGAAGCUGAGCUGAACUUUAUUUCUCAAUUUUUGGAUAGACGAUUUUCAUAUUUCCUGGGAUUUAUAGAUGAGAAUCACGGAGGCCAAUCCUUGGUGAACAAGACAGCAUUUAACCCACAUAAUUUAUUAUGGCAUGAGGGUGAACCCAAAAAUCAGGAAGAAAAUUGUAUUGUCCUUGUUAAUGUCCAAGACAAAUGGACAGGGAAUGAUUCUCCUUGUAACUUUGAGACAAGAAGUAUUUGUAAAUUACCUGGAGCAGCAUUCAACUAGAAACCUCCAAAGAAGUCCUUGCUAUGGGGACAGAAAAGAAGAACCAAUUAGACUAGGGAAGAAUGUACCUGCACCAUUGGAACAGAGAAAACCUGCUGAGAAAAUAGAAAAAUUUCAGUUAUGAUGGCCUUAUUUAUUUUUGUUCUAUUCAUUCAAGAUACUAUGUUUUUGUGUGGUAUGGUGGCAGGAGUCAUCUUUUGUGUGAGAAUCCAUUUUCAUUAACAUUGCUUUCUUGAUAGUAUAUCAGAGUAGUUCCUUUUCAGUUGGUGUGCAUUGAUGACAUAUCAACCAGAAUGGCUCAGAUGAUGCCAUCUCUUAGUCAUUGCUUUCAUCUGCUCAGAUUUUUACAGUGUGGGGUAUUCCAACUGGUAGUGGAAUGCCAUUAUUUUGGCCCCAGUUAUGACAAACUCUUUAAAAUUUUUUUAAAGAUUUAUGUAUUUAUUUGAGAGAGGGAGAGAGAGAAUCUCAAGCAGAUUCCC